AUGGAAGCUUGUUUCCUUGCCUCAAAUUCCUUCACCUCAAAUUCCAUCAAAACUCCAUUUCACUGCAAAAGAGUUGGCAUUCCAUCAUCAAUAACAUGUUGCCGCAUGGACUCAUCUCCACCGUCCAAUGAUGAUAGCAAACCUUCCAUUGAUACGGAUUGGCGAUCAUUCAGAGCAAAACUGGUAGCUGCAGAAAAAUCAUCGAAGUCCAAAAAGCCCACUUCCUCACUUGUGGACCUUGACACUGUGGUUGAUCUUCCGCAGCCCAUCACUGUUGGUGACAAAUGGGCUCACACAAUCCAUGAGCCUGAAAAGGGCUGCCUACUUCUUGCCACCGAAAAGCUUGAUGGGAUCCAUAUUUUCGAGCGAACAGUCAUUUUGGUCUUAUCCACUGGGCCUUUGGGCCCAUCCGGCAUCAUACUCAACCGGCCGUCCCUUAUGUCGAUCAAGGAGACACGAUCCACAGCCCUUGAUGUUGCCGGCACGUUCUCGGAUAGGCCGUUGUUCUUUGGCGGGCCUUUGGAGGAGGGGCUGUUCUUGGUGAGGCCCAAAGGGGGUGAUGAUGUGGUUGGGAGGAGCGGUGUUUUUGAUGAGGUGAUGAAGGGAUUGUAUUAUGGGACAAAGGAAAGUGUGGGUUGUGCAGCUGAAAUGGUGAAAAGGAAUAUGGUUGGGCUUGGGGAGUUCAGGUUCUUUGAUGGGUAUUGUGGAUGGGAGAAAGAGCAAUUGAAGGAUGAAAUGAGAGCUGGAUAUUGGACUGUAGCAGCUUGUAGCCCAAGUGUAAUUGAUUUGAGGAGUGUGGGAAGUGUUGGGCUGUGGGAGAAGGUCCUUGGUCUUAUGGGCCGUAGGAAGGUUCGGCCCAGGAUGUUUUUGUCUAAUGGAAGGAUAAAAAAUGAUUUCAUCAAGAAAAUGCUUAAUACGCAUGCACUUUGUCAUCCGAUGGAUAUGGGACACUUGUACAGCCUUGCAUCAACUGCUCGACCUAAAAAUAACGCACCUGGUGGAGAUGAUUUAGGACAAUAA